AUGGCGGAAAGCACAAGAAUUUCAGACGUCCCUGAUCUCGGCCGGGCAUAUGAACCAGGUUUGCGUCGAGUGCCUGACCGUAUUCCCUGGGUUGUCGGACUCAUCAUCGUUGUUGAGCUUGGGGAGAGAUUCACCUAUUUCGGCCUUAGUGGACCCCUACAGAAUUACAUCAAGAAUCCAUACAUCCCUGGAGCAGAACUACCAGGCGCCCUUGGUAAGGGGCAAGCAACUGCGUCUGCUCUAGGUAACUUUUUCAAGUUUUGGGCGUAUGCCUCCACCAUUCUGGGGGCGGUGGUAGCCGAUCAGUAUGUCGGCAAAUUUAAGGCCAUAGUCAUAGCCUCUGGGGUUUACAUCGUCGGCUUAACUAUCCUUGUAGCAACUGCGACCCCAGCAGCUAUCAAUGGAGGAUCGGCAUUUGGUGGGCUCGUUGCCUCGAUGGUUAUCAUAGGCUUGGGAACAGGUGGAAUCAAAGCAAAUGUCACCCCUUUCUGUGCUGAACAGUAUACGAAGGGCAGCGCCUUUAUCAAGACACUAAAGUCAGGAGAACGUGUGGUUGUAGACCCUGAGCUCACCGUGGAGCGAAUGUUCAUGUGGUUCUACUGGGCCGUCAAUAUCGGUGCUCUAUCACCCUUGAUUACCGUCAAUGUGGAAGCCAAAGUGUCCUUCUGGCUGGCCUUUCUCAUACCCUUGAUUGUGAUUGUCCUUGCUGCCAUCGUUUUCACAUGCUGCAGCAGGUUGUAUAUCAAGACCCAACCACAGGGUUCACCAAUUGUUGAAACCGCCAGAACUGUAUAUGUUGCUAUAUCGGAAAGGGGCUUCGAGAAUGCGAAGCCCAGUGCCCUGAGGGAACGGGGUCGGAUAGAGAGAUACUCUGCCGCAUCCAACGCCAACUACACCGAUCAAAGUGUUGAUGGGGUUAAAAGGGGCAUGAGGGCCUGCAAACUAUUCCUCCUGUUCCCGUUCUAUUUCAUUUGCUGGGUCCAGAUCUGGAAUAAUCUCAUCUCCCAGGCUGGUCAGAUGGCUCUGCACGGCACUCCAAAUGAUUUGCUGCAAAAUCUAGACCCUAUAGCUUUGAUUAUCUUCAUCCCGUUCCUCGAUCUCGUCGUCUACCCAACAUUGCGUCACUUUAAGAUCGAUUUCCGACCAGAGUUGAAGAUUACUGUCGGGUUCUUCAUGGCUUCUAUAUCUAUGGUGUACGCCAGUGUGCUCCAGCACUACAUAUACAUCUCUCCGGCGCAAACCAUUCACGUUUGGGUUCAGACACCUGCAUAUGUUCUAGUCGCCUUCUCGGAGGCCUUCGUUGUGGUGACGGGCUUGGAAAUCGCAUAUACCAAUGCCCCCGAAAGUCUGCGCUCCCUGGUUUCGUCACUUUUCUGGUUGACUAUCGGCGUAGCGGCGGCCAUUUGUAUCGGACUCGCCCCGGUUUCACAGGAUCCCUAUUUAGUCUGGAUGUAUGGAUCUCUAGCUAUUGUAGGUUUCGUCGCGGGAAUCCUGUUCUAUGUACUCUUCGGGAGGGUAUUGAAUCAGCCAGUCCCGGUAUUGGAUUCGGUGGAGACCACAACUUUGGGCCAGCGGGAAGACGAAGAGGCACAAAUUGGGGGAGGGAAAUGCAUACCAGCACACGCGGGUAUCAUCGGCUUAAACGUUACCUUGGAGUUAUCGAAACGUGGCUAUGGACGGCAUGUCACAGUUAUGGCGGAACAUCUCCCGGGAGAUGAAUCUAUCGAUUAUACCUCUCCUUGGGCCGGAGCGAAUUUUUCAGGCAUAUCUGGCAGCGAUGCCAACGCACUGCGCUGGGAUCGAUCUGGCUACUCGACCAUGAUUGGCUUGAUUGAUGCCGGGGCGGAAGAAGCGAAGUAUCUGUCCAAAACCGAGUCAACAGAGUAUUGGGACCAAGCACCAUCGCAGGAUAAGAUCAACAGCAUGACAGAGUAUCUGCGUGAUCUUGUCAUAAUCCCUUCAUCCGAUCUCCCUGAAGGGGUUGCCUUCGGUAUAAAAUUCACCACAGUCACACUCAAUGCGCCCGCACAUUGCGAACAUCUGAAACACCUCCUAUCUCAACCCCGGUAUGGUGGUGUAAGAUUUGUCCGCCGAAAGGUAUCGCGCUUACAGGACGCCUUCCUGCAAGGAACGCACAUUGUCUUCAACUGCGUCGGCAACGCAGCAUUUAGCUUAGCGGGAGUUACUGACCUGAAAUGCUAUCCCACACGUGGUCAGAUUGUUGUUGCAAAGGCGCCGUCAGUCAACGUCAAUGUUAUGCGGCAUGGCAAAGACUACGAGACAUAUAUUAUCCCACGGCCCCGCUCAGAUGGCACCGUGAUACUAGGUGGCUACCUACAGCCACGCGACCACACAAGCCAGGCCCGACCGGUAGAGACCGAAUCUAUCCUGAGUCGAACGGCAGCACUCCUGCCGGUCCUCAAAAAUGGAGAAACAAAAAUUAUUCGCGUUGCCGUGGGAUUGCGGCCAUCACGGCAAGGCGGUGCUCGAGUGGAGCUCGAGACCACGCCGGAGGGUAACACUGUGGUACACAACUAUGGCGCGGGUGGGACUGGGUUUCAAGCUGGGAUGGGAAUGGCUAUGGAUGCGGUUGAUUUGGCCGCUGACAUCCUCGGCCAUCUCCAGGCUCAUAGUAAGUUGUAA